GAACUUCCGGUCCGGCUCCGCUGGCGGCCAGAGAGCCCUUCCGCGCCCAGGGCACGGCGAGUGCGCUGCUGCCCCCUACUGGAUGCUUGGCUCCCCACACUCUAAUCCUAGCCUGGGAAAAGCAAAAGGAGGAGAAAGGAUAGGGCUGCGUAAGGGCUGAGAAAAGCACCCGGAAGACCAAGGCAGAGGCCGGGCUGACCGAAGACAGCCACAAGCAGCAUUUUUGUUGAGCUCCUGUUAUGAAGUCGGGCCCUCAGCUACAGAUUUCCUCUGCAUCCCUUGUUCCUUGGACAGACUCCCAGAACCUACAGGUGUUAACUCCAGCUUCUAUGCUCAGGAUGCCGCAGGGAACAACAAAAACAAAACCCCAGCUCUCAAGGAGCUUGCUUUCUGGUGCAAAGCCUUUUGCCGUGAUGACGUCAUCGGAAGAUGGCUGCUGUUCCAAAAUUUGACAAGGUUCCUUGGCUUAGUGAGGCCAGCCUCACGAAUAAGCCAUUAGUGCUCAGUCUUCCCAGAAGAUCUCAGUCCUCUGCUGCUUUCCUGAGUUCAUCGAAGAGAUGUAUGAAUUCACCUAUAUUCUUUGAAGUUCCAGAUGUGUCACCUAAGGCUGGGAGGAACCAGACUGACCCCAGGUUGCUCAGAAGCAAGUGGUUGUGCUCCACGUGUCGAGAAGUAAAAAUGCAGCCAAGAACUGUGACAAUCCCAGAUGAUCAUAAACUAUCCUUUAAGAAUUUUGUGAAUCACAGAAUGAUGAGUCUUCAUCAACCUAAAGCUAAGGCUAUGCCUAAGCCUUCUGAUGACAUCCUAGCAGAGAGUAUUCACUACAGACUGCCUAUUGUGGGUCCCAGGACAGCUGUCUUCCACGGACUGCUGUCAGACAUCUACAAAACUCUUCAGGAGACUCAACUCUCUUCCUUGCCUGGAAAGAAACCACAGGGCACCACAGUGAAGCAGUGAGGGGUCAGACCUCCCAUCUCUUGGCACUGAUGUCCUCUCAUCAUUUCCUCUUAGCUCCAAAAAGAUGACUCAGUUUGCCUUCCUAAGAGUUGCUGGUGUUGUAGCUCUUGUUACUUCCUCACUCAUUUCUCCUAAAGUCAAAAUAUAAUUUACAUGAUUGUAAGGAUUGGUAGGUUUAAGUGAAACAUGAUGACUUACCUCUCAUUUUAUUUUCUUAAAUUUUCAUCUGUAUUAUAAUAAAUUUGAUGUCCCUCUGUUUCUGAGAUAUGGAUUUUAAUGAAAGUUAUCAGUACAUCCUAUUAAGAAUAAAGGAGAUGA